UGCUCGGCGGAAGCGAGUCCGCCGAGGACGAGCGCCGGCCGCCGCCGCGCCGCGCCGAGCCGCCGAGAGCCAUGUCGAGCCUGGCGGUGCGGGACCCGGCCAUGGACCGGUCGCUGCGCUCCGUGUUCGUGGGGAACAUCCCGUACGAGGCGACGGAGGAGCAGCUGAAGGACAUCUUCUCGGAGGUGGGCUCGGUGGUGAGCUUCCGGCUGGUGUACGACCGCGAGACGGGCAAGCCCAAGGGCUACGGCUUCUGCGAGUACCAGGACCAGGAGACGGCGCUGAGCGCCAUGCGCAACCUCAACGGGCGCGAGUUCAGCGGCCGCGCGCUGCGCGUGGACAACGCCGCGAGCGAGAAGAACAAGGAGGAGCUCAAGAGCCUGGGCCCCGCCGCGCCCGUCGUCGACUCGCCCUACGGCGACCCCAUCGACCCCGAGGACGCGCCCGAGUCCAUCACGCGCGCCGUGGCCAGCCUGCCGCCCGAGCAGAUGUUCGAGCUCAUGAAGCAGAUGAAGCUGUGCGUGCAGAACAGCCACCAGGAAGCGCGCAGCAUGCUGCUGCAGAACCCGCAGCUGGCCUACGCGCUGCUGCAGGCGCAGGUGGUCAUGCGCAUCAUGGACCCCGACCUGGCGCUCAGGAUCCUGCACCGCAAGGUCCACGUGACGCCGCUGCUGCCCGGCAAGGCGCAGCCCGGCCCCGGCCCCGGCCCGGCCCCGGCCCUCGGCCCCGGCCCCGGCCCCGGCCCCGGCCUCGGCCCCGGCCCCGGCCCCGCCGCCCCGGCCGUCCUGCUGGCCCAGCAGAGCCCCGCCGCCCCGCAGCCGCCGCACCUGGCGCGGAGGCCGGUGAAGGACAUCCCCCCGCUGAUGCAGACCCCGAUCCAGGCCGGCAUGCCGGCGCCGGGCCCUCUGUCCGCCGCGGGGCCGGGCCCCGGGCCCGCCGCGCUCCCUGCCGCGGGCGGCAUGCAGCCGCAGGUGGGGAUGCCCGGCGUGGGGCCCCUGGAGCGCGGCCAGGUGCAGAUGGCCGACCCCAGGGCGCCCCUGCCGCGGGGGCCCAUGGCCGCGGGGGGCCUCCCUCCUCGGGGGCUGCUGGGGGACGCCCCGAACGACCCCCGCGGGGGGACUCUGCUCUCGGUCACCGGGGAGGUGGAGCCCCGAGGCUACCUGGGCCCGCCCCUGCACCACGCGUCCGGCCACGCCAGAGACUCGCACGACCUGCGGGGCGGGCCCCUCGCCGACCCCAGACUGCUGAUGGGAGAGCCCCGGGGGCCCAUGAUGGAUCAGAGGGGGCUCCCCAUGGAUGGCAGAGGGAGCAGAGAUUCUCGAGGGAUGGAGACGGAAGUCCUAGAGACCAGAGUGCUGGAGAGGAGAGGGAUGGAGACCUGUGCGAUGGAAGCCAGAGGCAUGGACGCGAGAGGGAUGGAGAUGCGGGGCCCCGGCCCCGGCCCCGGCACCAGAGGCCCAAUGACUGGGGGAAUCCAGGGGCCCGGGCCCAUUAACAUGGGGGCGGGUGGUCCUCAGGGACCCAGACAGGUGUCGGGCAUUUCAGGGGUGGGAAAUCCUGGAGCUGGCAUGCAGGGGGCAGGCAUGCAAGGAGGGGGCAUGCAGGGGGCGGGCAUGCAAGGAGGGGGCAUGCAGGGGGCAGGCAUGCAAGGAGGGGGCAUGCAGGGGGCGGGCAUGCAGGGGGCGGGCAUGCAGGGAGGGGGCAUGCAAGGAGCAGGCAUGCAAGCAGUGGGCAUGCAGGGGGCAGGCAAGCAAGGUGGAGGCCAGCCUAGCAGUUUCAGUCCUGGGCAGAGCCAGGUAACUCCACAGGAUCAGGAAAAGGCAGCUCUGAUCAUGCAGGUUCUUCAGCUGACUGCAGAUCAGAUUGCCAUGCUGCCCCCUGAGCAGAGGCAGAGCAUCCUAAUUUUAAAGGAACAGAUUCAGAAGUCUACUGGAGCUUCUUGAGCGGUGUCGGGAGAUAACUGGCAGUGGUCUCCGAGUUUUCCUGUAGCAUGGAGGGUGAAUGCAGAAGGUCAACGUCUGCAUCCCCACACUCCAGUGAUUAGGGUUUCCCUUCCUGAUUUCAUCUUAUCUUUUUAUUUUCUUUUUUAAUGGGGGCGGGGGGGGCAGGGGGAGGCAGGAUUGGGUCUGUUCACUUUUACUCACUGUAAAUACACAAGAAUAACUCUGAACGUGGUUAUACUACACGGAGUACGAUGACAACACAACAAUACUGAGAGUGUCUACAAUAUGUUAAACUACAUUUUUUGAAUACCGAGUAAAACAAUGUGAAAACUGCACAUAAGGACUAAACUAUUGACCUGUUAAAAUGGUAACAUGCUAAAACAGUUUACGAUUUUUGGUUGUGUAAGAAAAUAAAGACGUUUACCUCAAAAUUAUCA